AUGGACGUCGCAGAAAAGGUCUGGAUCGUCACGGGCGGCGCAUCAGGUUUGGGCGCAGCAGUCGUCGCGGCACUCGUCACGCGCGGAGGACUCGUUGCCGUGCUGGACUUGAACGAAGAGGCCGGCAGCCAGGCCGAGAAACAGUAUGGCCAGUCGGUUGCGUUCUUCCGCUGCGAUGUUGGGGAUGAGGACAACGUCAAGCAGGCGCUCAAGGGCGUCAAGGAGCGCUUCCAGGGCAAAAAAUGGGGAGGCGUCGUUCACUGCGGCGGCGUCGGCAUGGCGGGAAAGACGGUCGGAAACGACGGCACUCCCUUCUCCUUCGACGUCUUCUCCGAAGUGCACCGCAUUAACCUCAUCGGCUCCUUCCUCAUCGCCUCCAACGUCGCAUCCGAAAUCGUCUCUCAGCACCCCUCGCCCUCGCGCUCUUCGGCCGAACGACUCACAGCCGAUCGCGGAGUCAUCAUCUUGACGAGCUCGGUCAGCGCAACGGAGGGACAGAUGGGACAGGUCGCGUAUGCGAGUUCAAAGGCCGGUGUUCAGGGGUUGGUUUUGCCUAUGGCGAGGGAUCUCGCGCGGCAUGGAAUCCGAGUGAUGGCCAUCGCCCCCUCGCUCUUCACCACCAACAUGGGCAAGAAUACCCCACCCAAAGUCCGCGAAUCACUCCUCAGCACUACCCUCCACCCCGUCCGCUUCGGCGAGCCAGAAGAGUUUGCGAAGCUCGCGGUUGGGAUCAUCGAGAAUGGGUACCUGAACGGCGGGACAAUCCGCAUCGACGGUGGAAGCAGGAUGGCCAAGAUGUAA